AUGUCUCACCAGCCAUCAAUGAGCAGUGUAUCAUGCUCUCCGCCUACAGUGUCGUCUGUACCGGUGCCUGAACGUCCGUCGGACUACCAUGACCAGCUUUUGUUCAGUCCAGAAUUUGCCAGACCGUUUGUUGGACCAUUUGAUGGAAUGCCUCAAAUGUCACUCGUUCCGUCUCAUUCUUGGAUACCUUCUUUCUCGUCAUUGUCUUAUUUCCCGAUGGCCCCUGUGCAACCUGCGACAGUCUGGCCACCUCUCAUUUGUCUGUCUUGGCCCGGUCCUCAUUUGCCUGCUCUUAUGGAACUCAGCUGGACUCAUGUCACAUAUCCUGUCAGUAUUGGUCCCUUAUUUUGUAGGCAUACUCACGCCUCAACGAACCUUGCCAAGUCGCCUGGCACGGUGCCGUCACCUCCACUGCCAGCACAGCCCAGCACAGCACAGCAGUGA